AACAACAGCUCUCUGAUUCCCCAUAGCGAUUAAUCCGAGCACUGCAGUUGUCAGUAGCUACAGUACGUUUUCCCGGGUCCAUGUUGAAGUUUGUUAACCCAGACUUUCUCGCAUACUCGCUUCGUCAGGUCAUUCCAGGGCACGCGUUGCAUCCGUUUGACCCCGCUCGCAGGUAGAAGAAAACCGACUACACCCGCGCGAACUCAGUUGGAGAGGAAUGCACCAGUGGAGUGUUGGAAAAUAACAUUUCUGUUUGCCGACCUGCGUAUGAGGGCUCGGUCUGGUGGGGCUCGGCAGCUCCUCAACCCGGCCUGGAGACUCCUCGGCUCCCUCACUCCCUCUCUCCCUACCUCCCUCUGGCUCCAAAGGUGUAAGCUGACGCAUCACCGUGGGGGAUUCUGACACUCUGCACACAGCCCAGUACUAACCUCCAGCUCUAUCUCCCUCCAGCCCAGUAUCAGAAGGCAGGGGAGGGUAUGAGAAUGGUGUCUAGGCCCUGAAGCCCAGCAGCAUGUCAGAGCAAGGAGACAAAUGCACCACCCCCCGCUGGAAACAUGAGGCCAUGCAAAAUGGGUACAUCCCCAGUUACCUGGACAAGGACGAGUUAUGUGUAGUAUGUGGGGAUAAAGCAACAGGAUAUCACUAUCGCUGUAUCACCUGUGAAGGAUGUAAGGGUUUCUUCCGGCGAACGAUCCAGAAGAACCUGAACCCGACGUACGCUUGUAAGUACGAGGCAAAGUGCGUCAUCGAUAAGGUGACCAGGAACCAGUGCCAGGAAUGCCGCUUCAAGAAGUGCAUCGCUGUCGGCAUGGCAACAGACUUGGUGCUGGACGACAGCAAGCGGCUCGCCAAGCGGAAGUUGAUCGAGGAGAACCGUGAGCGGCGGCGGAAGGAUGAGCUCCAGAAGACGGUGUGGGACCGGCCUGAGCCGUCCCAGGAGGAGUGGGACCUGAUCCGCAUGGUCACCGAGGCCCACAUGUCAACUAACGCCCAGGGCAACCACUGGAAACAGAAACGCAAGUUCUUGAGUGCAGUGGGGGUGAAGGAAACCAAGCCUGAGGACAUUGGUCAAGCACCGGUCAUAAAUGCACCUGAAGGGAGCAAAGUGGACAUUGAAGCCUUCAGUCAGUUUACAAAAAUUAUCACCCCCGCCAUUACCCGAGUGGUGGACUUUGCCAAAAAGCUGCCUAUGUUCUGUGAGCUGCCUUGUGAAGACCAGAUUAUCCUAUUGAAAGGCUGCUGCAUGGAGAUCAUGUCUUUACGGGCGGCCGUUCGCUAUGACCCCGAGAGCGAGACGCUGACACUUAACGGGGAGAUGGCCGUGACCCGCGGCCAGCUGAAGAACGGAGGCCUGGGUGUAGUGUCGGAUGCCAUCUUUGAUUUGGGCGUGUCGCUGUCGUCGUUCCACCUGGACGACUCUGAGGUCGCUCUGCUACAGGCCGUCAUCCUCCUGUCCUCCGACCGUCCGGGGCUGACCAGCGUGGAGCGUAUUGAGCGCUGUCAGGAGGAGUUCCUUCUGGCCUUUGAACAUUACAUCAACUACCGCAAACACAAGGUGGCGCAAUUCUGGCCCAAGCUGCUGAUGAAGGUGACGGACCUGCGGAUGAUCGGGGCGUGCCACGCCUCCCGCUUCCUGCAUAUGAAGGUGGAGUGCCCCAACGAACUCUUUCCCCCACUCUUCCUGGAGGUUUUUGAGGAUUGACGGACAGACGGGCCCACACACCCUGCCGAGGUGUGUGUCAGAGUGUGUGUGUGCGUGGGCGCCUGGCCGGGGCUACGACAGUGGGCCUCAGAGUGGCUCUAGGCGUCUUGGGACACGUUGUUGGAACUCUCAUUAGCACUACUGAGUCACUUCAUUCCAUACCUUAGGUGUAGCCUAGCUUCUCAGCCUAGUUCUUAUGGAUGGAACCAUCCCUUAUGAUGCGGGUACAUGUGAAUAGCAUUUUCUUUUGGUUUUUCUUUUGUAAAUGUUUCACUUCUCAGUUACUUCUCUAGAAGUUUUUGUUGUGUUAAUUGUACAGUCUAAUUUCUGUCGUCGACGGUGCUCGUUCAGUCAGUCAUACAAACCAUGCAACGUGUAGUGUUUCAUUUUAGUCCAUUUUAGUACCAAAUGCUGACUCCACCAACACUGAGAAGGUCAGUGACAGACAGCAGAAGCCAGCUAACCAGCAUUAUUCCCUUCCAUUUCGCAUUCUCUUCCUACGAUACUUCUCCAGUCAAGGGAUGUGGAGUAGCUUUCAUACAGGUGUCCUUCUGAUGCUGGUGUUCUGUGAGAGCUACAGUUGAAGUCGGAAGUUUACAUACACUUAGGUUGGAGUCAUUAAAACUUGUUUUUCAACCACUCCACAAAGUUCUUGUUAACAAACUAUAGUUUUGGCAAGUCGGUUAGGACUACUACUUUGUGCAUGACACAAGUCAUUUUUCCAGCAAUUGCUUACAGACAGAUUAUUUCACUUAUAAUUCACUGUAUCACAAUUCCAGUGGGUCAGAAGUUUCCAUACACUAUAUUGACUGUGACUUUAAACAGCUUGGAAAAUUCUAGAAAAUUAUGUCAUGGCUUUAUAAGCUUCUGAUAGGCUAAUUGACAUCAUUUCAAUUGGAGGUGUACCUGUGGAUGUAUAUCAAGGCCUACCUUUAAACUCAAUGCCUCUUUGCUUGACAUCAUUAGAAAAUGAUCUGUCUCCUAGAGAUGAACAUACUUUGGUGCGAAAAGUGCAAAUCAAUCCCAGAACAACAGCAAGGACCCUGUGAAGAUGCUGGAGGAAACAGGUACAAAAGUAUCUAUAUCCACAGUAAACAAGUCCUAUAUCGACAUAACCUGAAAGGCCGCUCAGCAAGGAAGCUGAAACCGGCAUAGAAAAUUGUGGUUUGCAACUGCACAUGGGGACAAACAUCAUACUUUUUGGAGAAAUGUCCUCUGGUCUGAUGAAUCAAAAAUUGAACUGUUUGGCCGUAAUUAUCAUUGUUAUGUUUGGAGGAAAAAGGCAGAGGCUUGCAAGCCGAAGAACACCAUCCCAACCGUGAGGCUAGGGGGUGGCAGCAUCAUGUUGUGGUGGUGCUUUGCUGCAGGAGGGACUGGUGCACUUCACAAAAUGGCAUCAUGAGGGAGGAAAAUUAUGUGGAGAUAUUGAAGCAACAUCUCAAGACAUCAGUCAGGAAGUUCAAGCUUGGUCGCAAAUGGGUCUUCCAAAUGGACAAUGACCCCAAGCAUACAUCCAAAGUUUUGGCAAAAUGGCUUAAGGACAACAAAGUCAAGGUAUUGGAGUGGCCAUCACAAAGUCCUGACCUCAAUCCUUUAGAAAAUUUGUGGGCAGAACUGAAAAGGCGUGUGCGAGCAAGGAGGCCUACAAACCUGACGCAGUUACACCAGCUCUGUCAGGAGGAAUGGGACAAAAUUCACCCAACUUAUUGUGGGAAGCGUGUGGAAGGCUACCCAAAAUGUUUGACCCAAGUUAAAAAAUGGCAAUGCAAUGCUACCAAAUACUAAUUGAGAGUAUGUAAACUUCUGACCCACUGGGAAUGUGAUGAAAGAAAUAAAAGCUGAAAUAAAUCAUUCUCUCUACUAUUAUUCUGACAUUUCAGAUUCUUAAAAUAAAGUAGUGAUCCUAACUAACUUAAGACAGGGAAUUGUUACUAGGAUUAAAUGUCAGGAAUUGUGAAAAACCGAGUUUAAAUGUAUUUGGCUAAGGUGUAUGUAUAUUUACAACUUCAACUGUAUAUCUAUACCUGCUCAGUACUGCCAUCCUGCAACAUUAAAAUACACUCUGACUGUACUCACAUCCUUCACGCCAUAGAAAUAGUAGAACAGGCAUUCCCAUUCAAGUAAAUGUUCUGUAAUGGGAUGGGUGGACCUGCAGCUAUUCUUAUUCUAAUUAUAUUUCUAUGAUUCCCACCACAAGCUCCCACAUGAGUAGACCCGGUCACAUUUCUAACAAUGGAAAGGCACAACACUAUACAACUCGUCCACAGAGAAACAGCUAUCUAAAAGACGUCUUGUUUCUCCUCUUCUGUGUUAAACCUAAAUGAUCAGGACAGAUAUAAAAGCACAAUUUGACAUGAAGUCAGAAAAAAGACUGAAGCCGUUCUAUAACUAUCUAUUUUUUGAAUGAUGCUACUCACGUAGUGCCAAAAAAUAGCUAAUUCAUUCGACUGUAUUGGAUUGUUUCCCAUGAACCAGGAUACAUGUUCUAACCUGACCUGAUUGGCUAUCAGUGACUUCUUUUAGAGCAUUCUUCUAGAACAUGCUUCUGGCUCUCAUUCAAGCUGUAGAGUGUAGACUCGCAUCAUGAAACAGAACGUUAUUGAAAUAGUGUAGCUCCUGAGCUGCAGACGGACAGACCAGAUGGACAGACCAGACAGACACUGUGAGCUGUGAUGCAGGCAGAACCUCCUCCUGAUGUCUCACAAGACCCCAUGGGAACUAUUGACUCAUUGAUGUUCAUGCGUUAUAUUAUAUUCUCAACAUGAGAGUUACUGUAUGUGAUGAUGGUGAUGAUGCUCCCUCCUAGAAGGACUGGUGGGUUCUAUGAUACUUGCUUAUUGGCUGAUUCAUGCCUGUAUGAAUGACAUGUGGGUGGAGUCUGGGGGUCAAACCCUUCCUAUGUUGACCACAGAGGAGAGAAUCGCUGCCACUCGGGGUGUAACGGUACACGUAUCGAAUCGGUACAGGGAGCACGGUUCGGUCCGCAUAUAUUAAAACAAUGAAACACUAGGCCGAUAGGCAAGGCCAUAAACUGCAUUGAAUGCCUCCAGUAAAUUUGAGCUGCAAAAAAACAUUUCAGGUUUUUCCAAUAAAACAACUAGAGCCUAUGUGCACCCUGUAAUCAACAUGUAAAUCUUAACUCUCAAACAGGUAGUAUCCACUUUAUAUAAGCAAGCUAAAGUCGACGUUGUCAAUUAAUUGGCAAGUGCAUCUUGUACUGCGCUUACUACAGAUGGAUGGACCUCCAGUGCUACAGGCUAUAACUUUACCCCAGAGUUCAACAUGAGAAGUUCCCUGUUACAGACACGCUCCCUUUAUGAGAGUCACACAAGUGUGCAUCUUUUUCUCUUUGUAAGAAAACACAAAAUACAAUGUCUGAGCCAUGUUUGCAUAUUGAUUGCAUGCGCAUAUUGCACUUUAUUUUAGUGUUGUUGUUGAUGAGUUAAUCGCGUUUUCAUUUAAGAAAAUACAAAGUGUUUGUUAUUCCUGAUGGUGCUCUCAUCAGGCGUUAUAUGACUCAUGAUCAUAUAUGGAUUCAGGAAUACCAACACUUUGUAUUUUAUUAAAUAAACAAAUAUUUACUACAAAAACUGUUGGCAUUUCAUUUUCCCGCUGUACCAAAAACCGAACCGAAUCGUGAUCCCAAAACCACAAUACCAACUGAACCAUGGGUUUGGUAAACCAUUACACCCCUAGCUGCCACGUGAUUUUAAUGAAAACAAUAACAAUAAAUCAAAGAUAUAGAGAAAAAGAUACAGAGAAAAAGGUACAGAGAAAGAGCUGACAGAUUGAAAAACUCUUCAGCUAUUGCUCAUUUUUCCUCUUUAUUUUGGUUGUAUUUUUCUUGGGGGGAAAAAAUAUGAUAUUGUGGUUUGUUUGCAACUGCAAAAAAAAUGCAGCUUUGUGUAAAAAUACAUGCAUUACUAUCCAAGCUUCAAACUACUCCUCAAAGCAGCUUGUGUUUUCUCUGUAAAUGUGAUGCCUUUCAUAAAGCAAUAGACUUUGCAGUGUUUGAAUGACUAGGACCUCACAACUCACACAAACUGCACAGUUAACAAUGCACAGACAAUCAGAGAGAAACAGAUGGGAAAUUGUAAACAGGAAGUGGCGCAGGUUCCAAUUACUUGCUGGUUCACAAGUUGAACUGGGACACAGGCUAAGUCAGUGGCCCUAGAAUGAGUCGUGACAAUCAGCAUAUUUGAUGCUAUCCGUUUGAAAAAGGCAAUGGCUGCACAGAAUGGCUAAUCUUGAUCAUAGAAUGAGUAGUUAUUUGCGAUGCAAAGUGAUUUGUAGUCAUCUGUAGUCAAUCUCAAACAUGCACUCUGCCGAAUGUCACCUUAUUCCACAAGAUACUUCUUAAAGCGCCCGUGUGGUAUUAUCUCUCGUAAGAGUGGUCACUCUUAACUCUGUUACAAACCAAUAACAACAAAUGUUGCACCAAUAGAAAAGAAGCUAUUUUACAGUACUAUAGAGGAUAAAAGGAUGUAUAUUUUCAGACUGCAUAAUUUUUUACAGAUAUUGUAUGCAUAUUAUGAAAAUGUUACUGUUUUACGUAAAUAACAGGGAAAAACAAUCUUUCCCUCAAUUUCAUUUGCAAACCACAACGACAUACUGUUUUACAUUUGUUUAGAUAUAACUAUGUGAACUUCAUGAACUAUAAGAUUCAUAGAUAGAUUGCAGUGUUAGUUUCACCUUGACAAAAUAUCAGUUGGUUAAUGUAUGGAACUCUGUCAGUGGUGGCUGGUGGCAUGUUAAAUGGGCAUGUUAAAUGGGCUCAUAGAAAUGGCUGGAACAAAAUCAAUGGAAUAGUCUCAAACACAUCAAACAUCUGGUUUCAAUGUUUUUGAUACCAUUCCAUUUACUCAUUAUUCAUCAUUCAUUAUUAUGAACUGUCCUCCCCUCACCAGCCUCCUCUGAACUCUAUAUAUACUGUCAGGGGAAAAAACAAUACAUACUGCAAAAUUGGGCUGGACAAUUUGAAUAAAGACGUUAUUAAUGCAAGACCAGCUCCUUUUCUGACAGCAUCACCAACAUCAACCAAGCAAAUCCACUCACUGUUAAAAUAAUAACCCAGAAUGAUUUACUUGUGUUUUCAUGUCUUAUUGUCUAAGCAGAUAAAUACCAACAAUUUGUUGUUCAUGAUGUAGUAAACAUUUAUCAAUGCUAUCUGGAAUAUUGGACAACAAGUCUUUGGAGAGAGUGAAAUUAUAGUGUGUGAUGUAAGUGUAAUUGAAUGAGAAUGAGUCUGAAUAUGACAUGUUUUGGACAGAGUGCUUUGACUUGGGUGCCCUGGAAGAAAAGACAAGUUGCACAAAAAAAAAUAGAGAUAAUAAUUAUGAAUUUGGAUUCUCAUGAUUAUGACGAUGUUUGCACUUAAUGUGAAUUGGAUGUUGAGAAUAAAGAUGGUUUUGAGAAAAUGUCACAAA